UGCUGCUUUAACGUAAGACGAAUCCCUCUGGCUCGACGGUCUCUCGGCCGCCGCUCGUUUCGCGACCAUCUCCAUCGGCGGCGACGAACGCCGGGCGGUCAUUCGCGGCGGUUCUUCUCCAGCCUCCAGAUUUGUGUUUGUGGUGCUUGCUGAGACCAGUCUUUGAGAAUCAUGGUUGAGCUUCUUUUCGAGGACAUCUUCACUUUGACGAGACUGGAUCCAGAUGGUAAAAAGUUUGAUAAAGUUUCUCGGAUUGAAGCACGCAGUGAACAGUUCGAUAUGUAUAUGCAGCUAGAUGUAAACACUGAAAUUUAUCCACUUAAUGUUGGGGAUAAAUUCACCAUGGUUUUGACUCCAACUCUCAGUCUGGAUGGAACCCCUGAUUCGGGCUACUUUACGCAGGCUGGAAGAAAGUCUCUUGCAGACAAGUUUGAGUAUGUUAUGCAUGGGAAGCUGUAUAAGAUUUCAGAAGAGGCUUCUGGAGGACCUAAUGUUAAAGUUGAAAUAUAUGCUUCUUUUGGUGGACUGUUGAUGAUGCUCAAGGGGGAUCCCUCCAAUGCAGCUCAGUUCGAGUUGGACCAGAGGCUGUUUCUUCUUAUGAGGAAAGUGUAAAUCUUACCUCAAAUUGCUCUUGUAUUAAGGAUGAACACCUUUAGAUUUGGAGAACUCGAAAACUUUAGGAGACAAAGGGACUUAACCUAUCGACUUCCGAACACUUGAAUGAUGCGAGCUUUGUUUGCUGUGUUGCCUCUUAUAUGGACUUGUUAUGAAUGUAGAUCUUUUGGAAAGCUGGUUCCUUC